CUGCACCUCAUCGCCACUCUGUGCACAUUCUAAGUAAAGGGGUCAGGUUUUAUUUUUGGACUGCUAUGGAGCUGGUGCCUUCCAUUUUGGAGGAAGGGACGAUAGUUGAGCUUAACAUGAGCCUCUUGCUCUGAUCCUCUAGGCUGGGAGAAGCAGGCAGCAGCCAUUCACCCCUAACCAGCAGAAACACAGGGGAAUUUUUCUGAAGUGAGCCAUCUGAUAUCUGUUAUCUGUCUUGGGGGGCUGACAUUUUUAUGGCUGUAAAUAUCCGCAACGUUGCCCAAGCAGGCCUGCUUUCCCAGCAGUACCCACCCCCACUACUUCCUAAACCUGGAAAAGAAAAUGUCCGGCUCCAGAAGUUACUUAAGAAAAGUGCUAAGAAAAAAGCUGCUGUCCAGUCUUCUCAAACAGCAGCCCCUUUCCGCUCAUGUCUCUCUCCAGUAACUGAGGCCAGUCCUGACCUGGAGUACAGUGACCACUCAACUCCACCCAGGACACCAGAAACACCUAUCUAUGGAGGUACUCUGCAUCCACGGUUUAACAUCAGGCCAUUGUAUCAGCAUUCACCAUCCCCCUACCCUCAUCAGGGUAGCAGUUCUUACAUCACACCAGCAAGCUUCUCCCCACUGCCCUAUGUUACACCGCACCAUUCAGGGAAUCUAUUUUCUUACUCAACUGCUCCUACUCCUGCUGGUAUUCCACUUGUUCCUUCAUAUAAAGCAACAUCUAUAACUGUUACAUCUGUAACUCCCACAACAGAGAUAAUCCGGCCUACUGCUACAAUACCAAUUUUUGUGGCAGUGAAGCAAACAAAUAAUGUACUGGCUACACCUACUUUUAUCAUCUCUAAAGCUGCAAGUCCUCAGCCAACAUUAAAACCUUUGUUUGAUGUUCCACAAAUUACAAAUUAUACUUCUAAGACAGCAACAUUAAAAACUUCUCAAUAUAUAUCCUCGCCAACAACACAAAGAAGAACACUCAUUGCUGAGGUGCUGCGUGGUCCAACACCAACGUUUGAAGUUAGAAGGAUUGUCACACCAACCUCAGAAUUAAAGAGAGAUAAAACACCAACUAGAGAAAUCAAAAGGGUCUCAACACCUACAUCUGAAACUAAAAGGGGUGUGACACCUACUUCAGAGAUUAAAAGGGGGACCACACCUACAUCUGAAAUUAAAAGGGGUUUAACACCUACAUCUGAAAUUAAAAGAGUUUUAACACCUACAACUGAAAUUAAAUACGAUGAAAUGCCUAAAACUGAAAUUAAAAUGGGUGUGACACCUACUUCAGAGAUUAAAAGGGGAACGACACCUAUAUCAGAAAUUAAAAGUGGUAUAACACCUACAUCAGAAAUUAAAAGUGGUAUAACACCUACAUCUGAAAUUAAAAGUGGCGUUACACCUACAUUGGAAGUUACAUCUGAAAUGAUAAGUGACACAACCUCAAUUUAUAAAAUAAAGACUGUGACUACUUCAGCUUUAGAGGUUAAGAGAGGUACUACCCCGACAUCUGAGAUAAGUGAUGCAACAGUUACUACUGAGCAAAGAAGGGGUAGAACCCUGACAAGAACAAGAACACCAACAUUUGAUCACUCACCAUCAAAAACUUCAACAGGGCGGCCAAAGACACCAUCAUAUCAUGUUUCACCUGCUAGGACACCUGUUUUAGAAAUUUCAAGACCCAACCCACUUUUAUUUGCUGUCUCUCCUGUGUAUAUGGAGGGCAGAAGAUCCAAAACACCUACUUCAAGUUUAGUUGGGCCUAGUGAGGAAAUUCCUCAAGAGACUGAGAAAAUAAAGAAAACUUAUCUUACAGAAUCCAUACAAAAUGGUGAGGUCCAUAUUAAAACAUUAGAAGCUAGACAAACUUCAGAAAAGCCCAAAGAAGCUGAGAUUUUAAAGCCAAAACUCACAGUGCAAAGUAUUUCGAAGGCUACAGAAAACACUAAAGCCCAAAGCCCAAAGGCCAGUGUACAUGAAGCUCCUAAACCUCUAACUCCUACAGUUGAACAUCGCAGUCCCAAAAUACCAGACUCUGAAUUCUCAGAACCUGCUAAACCCUUACUGGGGAAUCAACGACCAACAGUGCCUCCAGUUGCUGGUCAAAGACCAAGAACACCAACAUCAAAAUCAAAAUACUAUGGUUUAACCCCAUCUGAAUAUGUUGCUUUUGGGGGAAUACAGAGUUAUACUCCUGCAUUUGGUAUCUCCAGAGCUAUAUCACCAACCACUGUAGAAUAUAAAUCUCCAGAGCAGUCAACAGAUAUACCUGUUUUGAAAGAGAAGCCAGAGAGUCCCAAAACACCUGUGGAUAAAGUGUCACUAUCCAUGACUCCUGCUAUUGAUAAAAAUGGAACUUCUUCUGCCCCAGCUCCUGAAAUGUUAGCGGCCAUAAUGCCAACAGUAGCAGCAGAGGUAAAACUGGAGCACGUUAUAGCUACAUCAGAGAAAAUGGAAACAAAAGAAAAAGCCACUGGAGUUUCAGGAGUUAAAAUUCCAACUAUUGUUGUGUCUAAGGUUGACACACCACCUUCAGACGCUCUUGUGACAGUGACCACUCUUCCUGUUACACAAAGAGUUAGGACUCCGACACAUGAAACAAUUAAACCAAAGACAGUGCAAUCUGGAUCUUUAAAGAAGACAACUAAACCAGACACUCAGCCAACAUCACCUUCUUUAAAAGUUGUAAAAUCUGUAACACCUGACCAAAAUGCAGAUGAAAGCACAAAGCCAACAAAAAUAGGCAAAAUGACACAGAAAAAAACAGAGCCUCGUAUAUCUUUGCUGGAAAAGAUUAAAGAACAAAAAUCUUUAUCUACAAAAGAUAUCCCUUCAACAAAGGCUCAUGAAAUACCUGUGUCUGAAAAACCAGAAGGUAAGCCUCUGGUCAAGCCAAAGGAUGACCAGAAGAAUCUUAAACCUGGUGAAGAUGAUUUAUCAUCACCAAAAGAGAGCAUAUCUAAAGAUGCAAAGCCUGCAGUCAAGAAUGAGGUGGAAACUGCAGAGCCUCUUCUAAAGGCCUUUCAGAAACCAAAAGGCAUGAAGUCAAGACUCAGUGGCUGGUCUCGUCUCAAGAAACACAUGGUGGUGGAGAUAGAAGAACCCAAGUUUCCUGUUACUGAGCCAGAACUGAAGAAAGAUGCCCUUGAUGGAACUGCUCAGGAAGCUAGUGAGCAGGAAAACCAAUGCAAAGAAACAGAUAAGACUAGUGAAGCAGAGAGUAAAGAUGCCCCAAGGGCUACAAAAAUGUGGGAUGCAAUCCUCUUCCAAAUGUUCGCAACCAAAGAGAGUAUCAUGCAACAGAUUGAAGCCAGCAAAACUGAGGAGCAAAAGAAAGCAGAGGCUAAAUCAGAUAGCCCGAAAGAAAUUCCUGCAUUUGCACAUCGCCUUCCAGUUCUCCUUUACAGUCCUCGGUUUGAUGCCAGGAAACUGAAAGAGGCAGCUGCACGACCAAUGACAAAGAUUGCAACAGUGUUUGAAAUGGGUCUAAUAGGCCGCAAAAAUAAAGAAGAAGAACCAAAAGACUUUAACAGAAUAGCCAGAGGAUUCUUUAAUAAAUAAACUACUAAUGUCUAGAUUAUGAUAAAGGGCUGGCUUCUGAAUAGCCCAAAGAAGCUUUGUCCAUAAAGUGUGUACAGUUCUAUUUAUCACAAUUAAGCUAACGUAAAGUUUAAAUUAAAUAAAAAAGUGAAUGUAAUGUGAUUGUAUAAUUUACGCAAAGGAAACAUGGAAAAACAUCCUGUUUUGCCUCACUCAUGUUAUAUUAAUCUGACAGAAAGAUUACACAAGAUGUCUUGUAAAAAACAACAACAACAGAACUACAGUUUUGAUGUGUUUCAAUGUCAUUCUAAAAUGCCAGAAUGACAUAAUACAACUUAAUACACAUAAGACUAGACUUAUGUUCUUAUGUUCAGUUAGCCAAUCAUAUGGCUGCAGGACAAUGCAUGCAUUUAGAACUGUUUUAGUGCCUUAGACUGACACCAGUGCACCCAACACUAUUUCCACCGUUCUAAAAUUUGGCAUAAACAUUAUAUGAUGCUCUUAAGCUUUAGCUGGAUGAUGACGCUGCUGGCAUAUAAUUGGCAGAUUGGAUAACGUCUAGAAUAAACAAUUAGAUGUUCCUACUUUAGAGGCCGGUGACUUUCUUUCAUGAGGGACAUUCAAGUUAAACUGGGACUUUGGAUUGUGCAGAAUAAAAGAACAUAGGUAUGAAAGUAACUUUAUUUCUUUGUAAUCCUCUGCUACACUAACAUACUAUUCCUAGGGUUUCACUGCUGAUUGGAUACCAUCAAUGUAGAAAGAUUUCUCAGUAUGCUGGAGCCAUGAUGGGACUACCUGCUUCACAUCUGAAAUGCUGGCCUCAACAGAACCUCUUUAAUGGCCCAAACAUGUGGAAAUAGAUUGGGGCGCGGUCGGGUCUGUUCAGGGGAUGUAGCAAUAACUCCCAGACAAAUGCAUCUUUUUUUACAAGUUACAAGUUAUCCAUCAAUUUUUAAGGAUCAGGCAAUCCUAUUCAUGAAUGUUUACAAGAAUGUCUGCAGUGGCCAUGGGCCACCCCAGCUGGGAUUGUCUUUCACAAGCGUGAAGGCUUCUUUAAAACAUUUGCAAUAUUUAAAUGUUUUACUGCAACUAAGAGUCUCCUCACUAUACUGUACUAAAUUCUUCUGUGAAUAUCAAGCAGAUUUAAGCCUUCAUUCACAAGAAAUAUCAUUGCAAGUCCCGGUUUGUCUUGAAAAUCCCUCAUACAUUUAGUGUAGACAAAAUUUUCUAUUUUCUAUUAUUUUAUUUGCUGCUUUUUACAGCGAUGCCUGUGAAACAAUGGUCUGAUUGUAUGUUCAGUGAAGGAACAGUAUUUACAGGGUGUUUGAAAGUUGUAGUUGGCUGGAAAGGUGGAAUGAAGGCAAAUGAGAGCUAAUAGUGGGUUGAAAAUGAAGGAAAGUGUGAAUGGAAAAAGAUGAAUAACAGAAUAACAACCUGAAUAUACCACAGAUCAUAUAUUUAAAUGGUGGUCUUAGUGAGUCUGUAUGACUUUUACAGAUGUAAGUGUCACAGAUAGCUUACACUGAAAACAUGGUUACAUGAGUGUAUACUGUCAGCUAUUUUGCAUGGCUUAAUGUAAGUUUUUUUUCUGAUUGUUCUGACUAUACUAGGGAAAAAAUAGAUGAUAGUGAUGAUGAUGUUGAUAAUGAUACUGUAUUUGUGUGUGUGUGUGUGUGUGUGUGUGUGUGUGUGUGUGUGUGUGUGUGUGUCUGUGUCUGUGUGUGUGUGUGUGUGUAUGUCAGUCUGUCUGACAUUAAAAAUCAAAAUGGGUACACAUUCUCUGUAUAGGCAGUGAAAUGUGAUAUGUAUAAUAUUUUGCAUUUUAAGGUGCUAGAUUACAUGUUUUAUAUAUUUUUUGUAAUAAAAUUUGUUCAUUUGGA